ACUGCGGAGGCAGUGAGCUAUGGCAGCGACGUCCUGCAGCAGGAGAAGAAGAGCGUGAGCGGCUCCGUGUGUUACAGUCAAUGGUUUGAAGCCGAAUUCUAACCCGUUUUUCUUGCAGGACUCUGGAAUAAAAACCACAAGAUGGCCAGGAAUGCUGAGAAAGCCAUGACGGCGCUGGCUCGUUUCAGACAAGCUCAGCUGGAGGAGGGAAAAGUAAAGGAGAGGAGACCUUUUCUGGCGUCAGAGUGCAGUGAACUUCCUAAAGCUGAAAAAUGGAGACGACAGAUCAUCAGCGAGAUCUCGAAGAAGGUCGCUCAGAUACAGAACGCUGGUCUUGGUGAGUUCAGGAUCCGGGACCUGAACGAUGAAAUCAACAAGUUGCUCAGAGAGAAGCGUCACUGGGAGGUCCGGAUCAAGGAGCUGGGUGGACCGGACUACGGGCGCUUCGGGCCCAGGAUGCUGGACCACGAGGGGAAGGAGGUUCCAGGGAACCGGGGCUACAAGUACUUUGGAGCAGCCAGAGACCUCCCAGGCGUCCGGGAGCUGUUCGAGAAGGAGCCUGCCCCGGUGCUGAGGAAGACGAGGGCGGAGCUGAUGAAGGAGGUGGAUGCAGAGUAUUAUGGGUACCGAGACGAAGACGACGGCGUCCUGCUUCCUCUGGAGACGCAGCACGAGAGACAAGGUGUGCUGGAGGCCGUGCAGCGGUGGAGAACUGAAAGAGAAUCUCGUGUUUCUGGACAGAAACCAGAGGAAGAGGAGGAAGAGGAGAGUAUCUACAACAUCCACGAUGAAGAGCCUGAUGAUGACGAGAGCCGGGAGGAGCAGGGGGACGAGGGAGGAGUCACGUUCAUCGCUCACGUCCCCGUCCCGUCCCAGAGAGAGGUGGAGGAGGCUCUGGUCCGGAGGAAGAAGAUGGAGUUGUUCCAACGUUACGCCAGCGAGACACUUCAGGCUCAGAGCCAAGAGGCCCGGACUCUGCUGGGACUCUGAGACAUGUCCCCCCGUCCCCCUGUCCCCCUGUCCCCAUGUCCCCAUGUCUCUAUUGAUGUGUAUAUAUAUUGUCUCAUUUUGUACUCGGCUUGUUUCUUAUUAAACGUGUUGAAACAUU